AUGCAACGAAAACUCUCGAUUAUGAUUAGUGACUCUCAUGGAGAUUAUGAUUUUUGUAGUCAAUUACUUGAUUCAUUAAAUAAACAUAAUGAUGUCUUUGAAAUAUGGAUCGAUCGAACACAUUGUCAAGGAGUCGAUGAUUUAUGGGGAGCGAUUGCUGAAGGUAUGGAACAAGCAUCUAUUAUUGUAUGUCUCCUUUCAAAUCAAUAUUUCGAGAGUAAAUCAUGUCGAAAAGAAUUUAUCUAUGCAGCAGAUUCACUCAAGAAGAAAAUUGUACCUAUAUUACUUGUACAAUUCAAUACAAAAGGAUGGCUAGAACAAAGCAAAGCGACUGAAUUGCUAAAUACAAUUCUUACAUCAUUUUCAUCGGCAAAAAUACCCAUCAAUGAGAAUCUUUCAGCACAACCGCCGCAUCAUGGCACACCACCAGCAUCGAGUCAUGCUGUGUCACCAUUCAUCCUUACCAGUACCAAACAACAAACCCCUGUAGUCAAUGUUCGCCCAAUCGAUGAAUGGAUAUCGACUGGAGGUGACAUUAAUUCAUGGUUUGCACAACACCGACUUUCAACAGAAUUGGGUGAUUUGUAUGAUUUUCAAAACGGUGAAGAAAUGCCGGAUUAUGCUCAAUUGCUGAUGAAGAAUCGUGAAAAACAAAUGGAUAUUUAUACAAGAAUCUACGCUAAAAAGUAUAAUGGUAGUGAUUUGCCACCUCAUGAAUUCAAUCGGUUUUCGAGAGUUUUAGAACAGUUACUGAGAGAUAAUCGUCGUCCACCGUCUCUGGUCAAAACAAAUUCAUCUGUCUCAAAUAAAAGAUAUGCGCAGCUUUUAUGUGUUAUAAAGUCUUAA